AUGAACAUUCAUGAUAAAGAAGUACCAGAGAUAACCCCAGAACAGGAAAAGAAAUUAAGAAAUAAAGUCUUUUUAAGAAUUUUAGGUUUUACUUUCGUCAUUAACUUGAUUAUGUACAUGGAUAAAGCUACGUUCAGUUAUUCAGCAUUAGCUGAUAUGGGAUUUUGGGAAGCGACUGGGCUUGAUCAAAAUAAAUAUAACAAUUGUAAUACUGUUUUCUAUGCUGGAUUUGCAUUUGGUCAAAUCUUCAGUCCCUACUUAAUCCAAAAAAUUUCCUUGACUAGAUUAAUGAUGGUGAUAUCCGGAUUAUGGUCAAUUCUCAUAUUUUUGCAUUGUACUGCUUUUAACUAUCCUGGUGUCAUAAUAUUGAGGUUAUGCCUUGGUUUAACCGAAGCGCUGGCUAUUCCUAUAUUAACCUCAACUAACGCCAUGUUUAUGACUGAAGAUGAAAGAUCAAGCACUCAACCAAUAUUUUUUUCAUCUUGUUUCGGAUCUUCAAUUCCAAUUGGUUUUAUUGCUUAUGGUGCAUUAUCGGCUGAUGCUUCAAUAAAAGGUUUCAGGGUUUUGAAUAUAAUUAUUGGAGGGAUGACUGUUAUAUUGACCAUGUUUAUUGCAUUAUACUAUCCAAAUAAUCCAGCUGAUAACAGAUUAUUCACCACGGAAGAAAAAGUAUGGAUUAUCAGAAGGGUCCAAUCAACCACUAACACUGCAGUUGACCAAAAAUCUUUCAAAAGAAGCCACGCCUUAGAAGCAUUGAAAGAUUACAUUUCUUAUCUUUUUUGUGCAUCUUUGUUUUUAGAGGAAUUGGCAAAUAAUUUAACGUAUCAACAAAACUUGCUUUAUUCAAACCUUGGUGGCAUAACAAAUUUGGAUUCAACUUUAGUUAAUGUUGCGGGAUCUGGAUUCACCACUGUAUGGGCAUGGUUUGCAAGUUUAGUCAUUUCCAUAUUUCCAAAUACUUCAUUUUUUGCAGGAAUUUGGUCUAUGAUACCCGCAUUACUUGGGGCUAUCUUGGCAGUUUCACUUGAUUAUAGUAAUACUAUUGGAAUGUUAGCUGGUAUUCUUAUAGCAUCCCAAUCGUUUGGGGUACAUUUAAUUCUUGCAUUUGGGCUUGCCAAAGCAACUGCUAGAUCUCAAACUAAACAAAAGGUUAGAGCAGCUAUGAUGAUGAUGAGUUAUGCCAUUGCAAAUAUCAUAAGUCCUCAGCUCUGGCAAGAAAAAGAUGGCCCAAGAUACUACCCUGCAUGGAUUGUUCAAAUAGUGUUAAGUUUCAUUUGUUCUCCAUUACUCAUGGGGGUGAUUUGGUUUAUAUUAGCUAAAAGAAACAGAGAAAGAAGAAAAGUGAUUGACUCUGGUGAGGUGGAGAAAGUAGGUAUUGUCAAGGAUAGCGAAGGUAAUGAAUUGGUUGUUAGUGUUGCAGCUUUAGAUUUAACUGAUUUAGAAGAUAAGUCUUAUAUAUAUCCUUUAUAG